GGAAGUAGAAAGCGAUAGGGUUUGGCUGCCGUUGCUAAAGUGGAUAAGAGGCAUUUAGAGCAUACAAAUCGAAGGAGAGAAGUUAAACUAAUUGCAGAUCCAUGGAGUUUUUGGCGAAAGAAUACGGGUACGUAGUGUUAACGGUGGUUGCUUACUGCAUUCUCAGCAUAUGGAUGGGAAUCCAAGUGGGGAUCGCACGCAAGAAGUAUAAGGUCUAUUACCCGGCUCUCUACGCUCUCGAGUCCGAGAACAAAGAUGCGAAGCUCUUCAAUUGUAUUCAGAGAGGGCACCAGAACUCGCUGGAGAUGAUGCCAAUGUUCUUCAUACUGAUGGUUUUGGGAGGGAUGGCUCAUCCUUGCAUCUGCGCCGCGCUAGGAGGUUUGUACAUCGUCUCCCGUUAUUUCUACUUCACCGGAUAUUCCUCCGGUGACCCUCAGAAACGUCUCACCAUCGGGAAAUAUGGGUUUUUGGCUUUGCUGGGCCUCAAGAUUUGCACCAUUUCAUUCGGAAUAAAUCUACUUAGAGGUUGAUUUUUCCUCAUCUUUGGCUUUUACUCUCAACACCAAAUAAUUAGCCCCCGUCAAUGCUAGGAUGAUACCGUAUGUUUUAAAAGCUGAAGCAGUCUUCUUAUGUAUGUUUUUAUGUGUUCUUUUCACAACUUGCUCCUAAGUUUGUUGUUUAGCUUCCUUAACCUCAUCGUGUAUUACUAUGGUUCAAGCGAAUCCAUGAAUAGUUUUUCUUUGA